AGCUACUCUUACCCUUUACUUCAUCUUUUAUUGAGCUAUUUGAGAUAACUCUAAAAUUCAAUUGGUAUUCAUCCAUAUUGAGCUUCACUAUUCCUCUCUAUCCUUUUGAUUAUUAAUUAACUUUUCCUUCAACUGUAUGUUCGAAGUAAAAGAAGCCAAAAGAAAUUAAGAGAAUCCGUAUUAUUAAUUUAAUAUUGCAAUUCUGUUUCCCAAUUUCCUGAUUUUCUGAUUUCCCGAUUUCCCAAAUUUUCAUAAUAUAAAUAUCCAAAAACUUCUUUAUCUCUAUUUUUGUUUAACUUCAUUUCAUAUCACAUCAUAUCAAACUUCUUAUUUUCAUAUCUAAUAAGUAACAAUUAAUAUCAAAUUCUUUUAACCUUUAUCCUUUUAUUUAUCUCGUCCUUUGAUUUUAUUCAUUGGCAAUCAUAAUGCUGGUUGCUAAUAAAAUCUCUGAUGAUAGUUCAACUAUCAAUUCAUUCCAUGGCAAGGUAAGUGAUUUAAUUCUUGAUAACAGAAAUGAUCAAAUUAGUUCCGAUCAAGACUUAGUUGAUGAUGAAGAUCAAAGAGGUGAAAUUAUGAGAAUUUUGACCUCAAAUGUCCAUCAAGAAGGUGGUGUCUUCGACCAAAUUCAAUCCUUAUCCAAAACAUUAUCCCAAAGAACUAACUUGACGACAAACACUUUUAAUAUUGACAUCAAUGAUUUUGAUUUACAAAAAAUUUUGAGAAAAUUUGUUCGAAUGUCUGAUGUUGAAGAUAUUCAUAUAAAGAAAGCAGGUAUAAUUUUUAAAAAUGUAAACGUUUAUGGUCAAAAUGAAGCCUCUUCUUUCUCCCCUGAUAUUUUAAGUUUCCUAAAUAUUUAUCAAAACAUCAAAACCCUUAAAAACGCUAAAAACAAUCAAAAACAAAUUAUCAAAAAUAUCAAUGGUAUAGUUAAACCAGGUGAAAUGUGUCUUGUCUUAGGUAAACCGGGUUCUGGCUGCUCAACUUUAUUGAAAACAGUCGCUGGUGAAGCCUCGCAAUAUUCUGCUAUAGAUGCUGAUAUUAAAUAUGACACUAUCCCUCAAGAUCAAAUGAUGAAGUAUUUUAAAGCUGAUGUUAUUUAUAACCCAGAAAAUGAUGCUCAUUUUCCACAUUUAACUGUCGAACAAACUUUAAGAUUUGCAAUUACCUGUAAAGUCCCCAAACUUAGAAUUAAAGGCUAUACCAGAGAUCAGUAUAUCAAUGCAUUAAUGGAUAUCCUAACAACUGUUUUUGGUCUCAAUCAUGUUAGAAACACUAAAGUUGGUGAUGAUUUUGUCAGAGGUGUCUCCGGUGGUGAAAGAAAAAGAGUCUCCAUUGCCGAAGCCUUGGCUUCAAGGGCUUGCAUCUAUUGUUGGGAUAAUGCAACCAGAGGUCUCGACUCCUCCACUGCUUUAGAAUAUGCUCAAGCUAUUAGAAUCGCAACAAAUUUCUUAAAACAUUCUUCCUUAGUAACCCUCUAUCAAGCCGGCGAAAGAAUUUAUGAAACCUUUGAUAAAGUCACCAUCUUGUAUGAUGGCUACCAAAUUUAUUUUGGUCCAAUUGAACAAGCUAAACGGUUUUUUGAAAAUAUGGGUUAUGCUUCUCUUCCAAGACAAUCAACAACUGAAUUCCUUACCGGUGUCACUGAUUCAGAAGAAAGAAUUGCUAAACCAGGUUUUGAAAAUAAAGUCCCGAGAACUGCUCAAGAAUUUGAAGACUAUUGGUUAAAAUCCCAAGAUUAUCAAAAUUUAAUCACAGAAAUCAACGAAUAUGAACAAGAAUGUGCUUUAUCUCCAACUCAGCAAUUGUUCGAUGAAUCCACUAAACAAGCUAAAAUGAAAUUUCAAAGACAUAAAUCAAAAUAUACAAUCAAUCUUCUUGAACAAUUUAAAUUAUUAACCAUUAGAGGUUUUCAAAGAGUUUUAGGCGAUCCUUAUUAUACAGUUAUACAAAUCUUUUCAAUGACAGUUGAGUCUUUAGUUAUUGGUUCCAUGUUUUAUAAUCUCCCAAAUAAUACAGACUCCUUCUUCUCUAGAGGCGGUUUAUUAUUUUUUGCUACUUUUCUUUUCACUUUUACUCCAAUGGUCAGUGUCAUCAACUUUUUUCAAAUCCGUUUUGUUCUUUUAAAACAAAAAGCUUAUACCUUUUACCAUCCUGGUGCUGAAGCAAUUGCUUCAACUUUAGCUGAUAUACCGUUGCGGCUAACAUUAACUGUUAUUCUUUCCCUUAUUGUCUACUUUUUAUCCAAUUUAGAAAGAAAAGCUGGGAAAUUCUUUAUAUUUUUCCUUUUCUUAUUCGUAACUUAUUGUGUAUUAUAUUCUCUCUUCUUAGCCUUUGGUGUAUAUUGUGCCAAUAUUUCAACUGCAAAAUCGGUUACUGGUCUAGCCUUGGUUGUUAUUCUUGUCUAUACAGGUUAUGUUAUUCAAAGACCUGCAAUGCAUUGGCACUUUAAAUGGCUCUCUUAUAUUAAUCCCGUCACUUAUAGUUUUGAAGCUGUCGUUGCCAAUGAAUUUCAUGGUCGAAGAAUGGAUUGUUCUACCUUAGUUCCCUCAGGUCCUGGAUAUGAAGGUGUUUCUAUAAUCAACCAAGCCUGCGUUGCUGUUGGUUCAAAUAUUGGUGAAAACUACGUUUUAGGCGAUGACUAUGCAUCUCUUUCUUAUGGCUAUGAAUAUUCUCAUCUUUGGAGAAAUUUCGGUAUUUUAAUCGGAUUUUGGGUUUUCUUUUUAGUUUUAACUAUUCAUGGCAUGGAAAUCUUAAAGCUACCAAAAGGUGGCGGUGAAAGAUUAUUAUUUAAAAAGGGAACCACAGAAUCUGCUAUUGCCUCUAAAAUUGUGAAAGAUGAUAUUGAAAGUGGUGAAAGACUACCUUCAGACAAAAUAAUUGAAAAAAAUGAAUCUAGUGAUGAUAUUACUUUUAACGAUUUAAAGGGCAGGGAUACUUUUAUGUGGAAAAAUAUCGAUUAUGAGAUCACUGUUAAAGGUGACAAAAAGGUCAAGUUAUUAGACAAUAUCUUUGGAUAUGUUAAACCUGGUACUUUAACUGCUCUUAUGGGUGAGUCUGGUGCAGGUAAAACGACUUUAUUAAAUGUAUUAUCCGAAAGAGUUAAUGUCGGUGUUGUUUCUGGUGAUAUUCUUGUUAACGGUAAGGAUUUGGAUUCUUCGUUUAAACGUUCAACUGGCUAUGUUCAACAACAAGAUUUACAUAUUGCCGAAUUAACUGUUAGAGAAUCAUUGCAAUUUGCAGCAAGAUUAAGAAGACCAACUAGUGUUUCAGAAGAAGAAAAAAUGGAUUAUGUUGAAAAGAUUAUUGAUGUGUUGCAAAUGAGAUCAUUUGCAAAUGCAGUUGUUGGAAAGGUUGGAUCUGGAUUGAAUGUUGAACAAAGAAAAAAAUUAUCAAUUGGUGUUGAAUUAGUGGCCAAACCAUCACUAUUAUUGUUUUUGGAUGAGCCAACAUCAGGGUUAGAUUUCCAAUCAGCUUGGGCUAUUGUUAAACUUUUAAGAAGAUUAGCAGAUGCAGGACAAUGCAUUAUUUGUACUAUCCAUCAACCAUCAGCAACAUUAUUUGAGCAAUUUGAUAGGUUAUUAUUAUUGAAAAAGGGUGGACAAACAGUUUAUUUUGGAGAUAUUGGAAGUAGUUCCAAUGUUGUUUUAAACUAUUUUGAGAAAAAUGGGGCCAGAAGAUGUAGCGAUGCAGAAAAUCCAGCAGAAUAUAUUCUUGAUGUUAUUGGUGCUGGUGCUACAUCAGUCGUUAAUGAAGACUGGAAUGAAAAAUGGAUUAACUCUACUGAAUUUGUUGAAGAAAAUAACCAAACUGAUUUAUUAAUUCGUCAAGGACAAUCCAUGACCAACACUGAUGAUGCUGAAAAAAUUGAGUUGAAAAAAACAUUUGCAACACCUUACAGCACACAAUUGAAGCACGUAUUGGUAAGAACAUUCAGACAGUUUUAUCGUGAUCCAACUUAUGUUGUUGCUAAAUUUUCUCUUUUAAUUUUUGGUGGUCUUUUCUUCGGAUGGACAUUUUUCAAUUUGAAAACAAGUUUUUCCGGAUUACAAAAUGCAGUGUUUUGUGUUUUCUUAUCAAUUGGUAUUUCAUUCCCAUUAAUAGGGCAAAUCCAAGAACGAGCAAUUGAUGCAAGAGAACUAUUUGAGGCCAGAGAAAGUUCAAGUAACACCUAUCACUGGUCCACAUUAUUAAUUUCGCAACUUAUUGCCGAGAUUCCUUAUUCGCUUGUUGGAUCAGCGAUUUUCUUCUGUUGUUUGUAUUUCACUUUGAAAGUGAAUAAUUCGCCAGAAUUUGCAGGAUAUUAUUAUUUGAUGGUUGCAGUUAUUUUCCCAUUAUUUUAUAUUUCAUUCGGGUUAUGGAUUGUUUAUUUCUUACCAGAUUUGGCAUCAGCAGAAGCUAUUUAUGGGUUAUUAUUCACGUUUAUGUUUGCCUUUGCAGGUAUUGUUCAACCAUACAGAUAUAUCCCAACAUUUUGGAAGUUUAUGUAUAGAGUAUCACCGUUGACAUAUUUUGUUCAAUCAUUGACUGGAGCAUUAUUGCAUGGAGUUGAAGUUAGAUGUGUACCAAAGGACUAUACAAUUUUCAAUCCACCAGAAGGUCAAACAUGUAUUGAGUAUAGUGAUACAUUUGUUGAUAAUUUUGGAGGAUAUAUUGCCAAUCCCAAUGAUACUGAGAAUUGCGAGUACUGUGUGUACACGACAGGAGAUCAAUUUAUGGCCAAUUUCAACAUUGAAUGGAGUGACAGAUGGAGAAACUUUGGAUUAAUUUGGGUGUUUAUUGUGUUUAAUGUUUUUGCAAUGUUGGUUUUCUAUCGUAUUUUCAGGGUGAAGAAGAGUCUUUUUAAGAGAAAACACACAUGAUAAAACAGAUUCAAUUCUACUACUUUUCAUUUGUAAGCUAUUCUGUACUAGACAUGUAAAUAUUCAUUAUUUAUAAUUAAAACUAAAGUCAUUAUAUUUUAUUAUCUAAUUUUCAAUAUCUAAUUUUUCAUAUCUAAUAUCUAAUUUCUAAUUUCUAAUUUCUAAUUUUUAUUUUUCACUAUAAAUGAACACAAUUUAAUAAAUCCAGUUUUCAACUUGAG